UAGGUGGGUAGAACUUGUCAGCCAUCACAACGCCAACUGCCGUGCUAGCUAUCCUGAGUAGGACAGGGUUGGACCAGACUUGUAGCUAGCUAGUUAUUACGCUUGCGUUUUCUCCUUGGUUUUAGCUGAUGUUGGGUCGAAAGCAUGGAUUUUGAAGAGUUGUUUAGUGAACGAACGUUUCAAUUUUCCGACUUUCAGGAGUUUACCUUUCUUCCGCAGCACCAGAAACUCUCUGAAAGAGUGCGGAAGCGAUUGUACUAUGGCCUGGACCAAGAAGGCUCUCUAGAUUCCCUUUCCUGUCCUGUUACAGAUAUUGCUGUGGAAUUUCUUCAGAAGUCUGCUCCUAGCCCAAUCCGAAAACUGCACAAGAAAUAUGCUGCUCAUGUCGCAAGGGAGGCCUGCAUCUCUCCGUGUGCCAUGAUGCUGGCCCUUGUAUACAUUGAAAGGCUACGACACAGGAACCCUGAAUACCUGCAGAAGAUCUCCUCCUCAGACCUCUUCCUUAUAUCCAUGAUGGUUGCCAGCAAAUAUUUGUACGACGAAGGGGAGGACGAGGAGGUGUUCAAUGACGAAUGGGGGGCAGCUGGGAAGCUGGACGUCCAGACUGUCAACACCCUGGAAAUUAGUUUCCUCAAUGCCAUUGACUGGUGCCUCUUCACUGAGCCGGUGGACUACUUUGGCCUACUGAGUCAACUAGAGGCCAGCAUUGCAGAGAAGCAGGGAAUGAAGCGGGGCUGGUUCACCUACACUGACCUCUGCGUUCUGCUGGAGCAGGCGGGAUGGCGGCAGGCACUGGCGGCCGUCUACCUGCAUGUUGCCAAGGUGACCUGUGUGCUGGGAUUGAUGUAUUUGACCAGUGUGGCGGGCCUCAUCGCCACCAGCGCUGUGAUUCAGCAACUCCACUCCCCCAGGAGCAGCCAGCCCUUGGCCCCUGUCAGUCCGGUCCACCUUCCUGGCUCCAGCCUCUCUACCCCGCCACCAGGCCCAGCCCCAGAGACCCUCAGCCAGGCACAAUCCCUUCCCCGUCGCUGCGUCCUGGUCAACGACAGCCACAACCGCCGGCUCGGAACACUCCACCCCAACGACGACCACAACCCCGGCACGCCAACCUUGUCCCCGAACUCUGUAAUGUGUUUGUGGGGCUCCCUCCUCACCUCUUUGGGUCACACAGAGCCACACCUACAGCCUGAUGCUAAACAAGCCAGCUCCGCCACGUUCCUGUUUUCUCCCGGCUGUCAAGGGACACCAAGGGUUACGCCUCCCGGCUCCGUCCUGUGCGGCACUCGGAACACCUCAUCUGCGCUUCAUGAACCCGGGCGCCUGGUCCCCCCUGCUUCCUGGAUGGUCCCCGCCCCCCUUUACGGAGCCGCGCCAAUCCUCUUAGACACACAUCUGACUGGCAUGUCACCCCUCCACGUCGGAACCUGCUGCCCACAGUUUGUGCUGCCCAUUGAGAAUGCCAAAUCUCUCAUGAUGCCCAGCUAGACUCAGACUGCCCACAAACAAAGCCCUGCACCAAUGACAACAGCACCGUACUCCAAAAUUCAACCAGCAGAUUUUAUUCAUCCAUGAUAGUGAGAGGAUCGUUUGAGUUUUGUGUUUUAAGAAAAAAACCUUUUUUACUAAAGGUCUACAUUUUAGUCAAGAGCCCCAAACAGCAAAUGGCACACUUUGCACAGUGGUUUGAUGCUGGUUAGUGUAAAUAAGAUGAACUUGAGGAAACUGAGUUCUGUGCUCAAACCCUUAUAUCUUUUAUAGCGUUUUUUCCCACAUAGCGACGGGUGUUUUUGAAGUGAAGUGUUUUGGGUUCAAGGUGUUUACCUGGCAAACAAAUAUUUUUGGUUUAAAAAAAAAAAUUGUGUAUUUGCACCACACACAGAAUUUGUUACUUCCCUACUGUUUCCAGACAUGUUUGUGUAAUCAUUCCACUCCUUGUUUUGCUUGACAUGGUGUGGCAUAAUUUCAACAGGCUGGUGCCAGGGCUACCUAGUUUUAUUUUUGCUUUCAUUUUUAAAAUGGGGUCUUGCAGAAUUUCGGUGAUGGACUUUGGCUAAGUCGUGUUUUUGUGUGAGACGCAGCAUUUUGGGAAGGUGCUGAGGAAGUAGGCAGUGGCGUUCUCCUGGAUGGUCGGUGUCCCAAGUUACUAUGUGGUAGUUGCAUCAUGCUUUGGUGGAAAUUGGGAGACAACAAUUGGCAGGAUACAGCCCAGAGCUUGGAGAGGGGGGCUAGGCACAGCCCAGGGCUUGGGGAGGGGGGCUAGGCACAGCCCAGGGCUUGGGGAGGGGGGCUAGGCACAGCCCAGGGCUUGGGGAGGGGGGCUAGGCACAGCCCAGAGCUAGGAGAGGGGGGCUAGGCACAGCCCAGGGCUUGGGGAGGGGGGCUAGGCACAGCCCAGGGCUUGGGGAGGGGGGCUAGGCACAGCCCAGAGCUUGGAGAGGGGGGCUAGGCACAGCCCAGGGCUUGGGGAGGGGGGCUUGGCACAGCCCAGAGCUUGGGGAGGGGGGCUAGGCACAGCCCAGGGCUUGGGGAGGGGGGCUUGGCACAGCCCAGAGCUUGGGGAGGGGGGCUAGGCACAGCCCAGGGCUUGGGGAGGGGGGCUAGGGCCUUUGACUCAUCACACCAGCAGCUCCUUCUGGGUCGACAACUUCCUGCUUAACCGAACGAUGAGAUCAUCAGCAGCUUCGCUUAUGACAAGGCAGUUAAUACAAAAUGGAUAACAAAUAAGUAGGAAAUAUUAGGGUAAGAUUAGGUGAAUAACUUAUUAACAAACGCAAGACUGCUGCUCUGGAAGUGCAGCCCCCUGAUGAGGCACAGAAAGUGGAAAUGAAGGUUUGAGAAGGGGGUCCACAUAGGUUGGCCACAGAUCUCUUUGCACUCUUGCCAACUUUGUUGCUGUUUUGGCUUGGCUAGGUCAACUAGCUAGCCUGCAUUUUUACUUUGCCAUACUUGGGUCAUUAUGCCCUCAUUUACCACAUUUGUUAUUUGAAAGAUUUCAGCAAAAUCCUUUUGGUUUGUUAAUCAUAUAACUAGACUAGGGAAGCCAAAAGCGAGCUACUGGUUGCUGCACUGAACAACAGAUAUUGAAUGUUUCUUUUAAUUCCUAUGAAAAAAACAAAAAACUGUUACCAUUCAAUUCAUACCACAGUUUGGCCAACUCUCAGGUUGUGUUCAUUAGGGUGCAUGUUUGCUAAAGGUAAUUGAACAUAGAUGUUUCUUAUUGAAGUUUAGACAACCCUCCUAUUUGGGACUAUUGAACACAACCUUUAACUCAGAUAGCGCCAGGGAACAGCUGCAACUAGUGUUGCCUUUACUUUCACUCAAGUUCCUAUUUAUUUACCAGAAUAGAAUGCAGUCACUAUCUCUGAUUUCAUGUUUGUGUAACAGAAUGCCAUGCAACUAAAAUAGGUCAUUCUCCAGCUCACUGUUGGAAAGUUUUUAUAUAAGCCUAACAUCAAAGGACACUGUUUUGAAAACAUUUCUAAUGUGAUUUUCAGAAAAAGAUAACAUCCUAAUAUGAAUGAGGCUCAGCACAACAUAGCACUUUGACAGAAAUUGAUCUGUUUUUUCUUUAGCAAAAAUUUGUGAGUAUUUUCUAAACCAUUUGGUUCAGAGGAGCUGACUGCAGUCAAGCCACUCCAUCAACCACACAUCAUUUGUCUUUUCCACUCUCCCUAAAUUGGACAAUAGUUUGAGUUCCUAAUACAACAGAAUUACUUGAUAGGGGAUGUCAGUUUCAGUUAUAUUAUUCCCAUGUCUUUAUUUUCCCUGAACACCAAGCAUGCUCUGUAAAUCACAAGGUUAUUUUUGGGGAAUUUGGGAUUUUUGUACUUUUGACAUGUUUCUUACAAAGCCAUAAGGCAAUGUGGUCCCAGGUCACAAAUUCUUUAUGUCUGUCUUCUUUUGAACCAAUUAAAGCAUCUCACCAAUUUGUUUUCAAAUUUGAAGCAUAUUCCUUGAUUUUGUAAACAAUGUACAAAACAUGUAGAAAUCUGUGAAGAAAAAAGCUCUACCUGGAUAAAUGUUUGGUUUCACAUUAAAGCCUGCAUCACUGUUAA